CAUUUUCUUAUUCCUUUAAGCUUACAUGUAUUCCCAAGGACUCAUGGAAGUAUCUGGAGAGGCCUUGGGUCUGUUCAGAUUUGUUAGCCCAUUCUGGUCAAUGUGUGCAGAGGAGAGGAAUUGACAGCCUUGCCUAGGCUGAACCUAGGCCUAGCUGCCUCAAAAUGCCUUCCACUCAAAUGGCUCCCCUAUCACCAGAAGAAGAGUUGGUGACAAAGGCCUUCAUCAAGCGUGUGAAUGAUGCCAGACAGGAGAGAAAUGGAGGCCCCAUUUCCUGGAAUACAGCUGUCAAGUUUAUGAUGGCUCGCAAGUUCAGCCUGGAAAGGGCACUACUUCUCUAUCAGCUACAUGAAAAUACUCGUGCACGUGAAGGCUUGGUGAAUUUUGACCCCACCAAAGACCCCCUGAGGAAGGAGUUAGAGACACAAAAGUUCACCAUCUUGCCCAAACGUGAUUCGAGUGGAGCAGCAAUUGCUGUUUUUACUGCCCAUCUUCAUGAUCCUUCUUUGUCCUCUCACGUCACAACACUCCAGGGGAUUGUAUAUCAGUUGGAUGUGGCUCUGGAAAGCACUGAAACACAGCGGUCGGGCUUGAUAUUCAUUUAUGAUAUGACGGACUCAAAGUAUGCUAACUUUGACUAUGACUUGAGUCAGAAGAUCUUGACACUUCUGAAAGGAGCAUACCCUGCUCGACUGAAGAAGGUGUUGAUCGUUACAGCACCCUUGUGGUUUAAGGCACCAUUCAAGAUCCUAAGACUUUUUGUGAGAGAGAAGCUCAGGGAUCGAGUAUAUACUGUCAGCACGCCUCAGCUGUGGUCCCACAUCCCCAUUGAUUCACUACCAAAAGAGUUGGGGGGAAAGUUGGAAGUGAAUCACACAGGCUGGUUGAUUGAAUGCCUUCAGUCAGUCACAUAUCAAGGCAGUGACUUCACUGACUUUUCAGCUGAUCUUCUCCUCACAACUCCUGGGAAAAAUCAUUCAUCAAGUUGGGCUGAUGUCUCACACUCACAAGGGAGUUCAGAAGAAGGCCAGCCAAGUGUUGAAGGAAGCCAAGGCUCUGAUGAUGGCCUCAGUAGUCGCAAAAAGAGCUUUGACAAGAAGCUUUCAGGACUGGUUCUUCCCAAUGGACAUCCCCAUUCCACACCAUCACUUGCAAGUGAGGGAAGCGAGGACGAAUCAUCAGCCUCACUUCCAAGUGAAUACUCACACCCAAUGAACAUGGAGCAGCUUCUUGAACAUGUUAAGAGCCAUGGAAAGGCAGGACUGUAUGCAGAGUAUGCUGAACUGAAGUCUUCAUCUCUGUUUGGCUCAUUUGAGGUUUCAAGAUCAAGGCCAAACGUGUGCAAGAACCGCUACACAGAUGUCCUGUGUUAUGACCACAGUCGUGUGGUCCUGGAGAAGCAGGAGGCAGAUCCACAUUCAGACUACAUCAAUGCCAAUUUCGUGAAUGGAUACAAGCAAGAGAAGGCAUUCAUAUUCACCCAAGGCCCACUUCCAAGGACUUUCUCAGACUUCUGGCAUAUGAUCUGGGAACAGCAGGGAGGAGAGACUCGGGAGGUGAUUCAUCUCCAGUUCACUUCCUGGCCAGACUAUGGAGUUCCCCAGUCAGCUGCUGCUAUGUUGGGCUUCCUUGCACAUAUCCGAUCUCAGCGCGCCCAUUCCAUUCAAAUGCCAGAUCAAUAUGUUUUCUGCUACAUGGCUCUCCUGGAGCAUGCUAUCACUGUUGGACUCCUUUCUCCAGAUAGCCUUGAGAACCUUGAUGGUGAUCACACUGAUUCUGACUGA